AUGUCUUCCUCGCCAGGCGACGGACUUCGUGAUGAUGAUGGCGCGGCCGCGCCGCUAGAUCCCUGGGCGGAAGCCGCCCGGGCUGCUCAUCCUCCUGGUGACGUUGAUUCUCCCGACGGACGCGGUGAAGACGGCGGUAGCACCCGCCGUGCUUGGCGGAAAGGGAAGCAUUCGGGCGAGGACGCCGAGAAUGCGAAUGGGGACCCUGCCUUUGACAGGGAUCAUAUCAAGAGCGAGCCUACUUCCUCUGGCGACCAACCGGAGGAGGACCGUGAGUGGAAAGCGGAGCCUCAAUGGGGGCCCUAUGACCCUACGAAGCAUGCCUGGAACGGUGCUUGGCCUGACAACUCUCAGUGGGAGACCUCGUGGAAGUCUGGAUGGAACUCUGGAUACCAUCAUGGAUAUGCCUGGUCUGGGAAUGCUCCUGGCGCCACCGGGAAUGGCGGAUGGGAAACUUCGUGGACCCGUUCUACCUCCGGGACCGGAUCCGGCCAGCCGUGGGAGACUGAGUGGACUCGUACAAACUCGGUGAACACCUCGAACGCGCCAUGGGAGACCGAAUGGGCCCGUUCUACCGGUACGAACUCCUCAAACAACCCUUGGGAGACGGAAUGGAACCGCAACGCCAUUCCUGGAGAUGCGUGGCAGCAGCAAUCUCUGACCUCAGACGGGAAUCCGUCCCGGCCACCUUCUUCUGAUGAUGGAGAACGGCGCGGAGCUCUGAGUGAAAGGAUGUCUGUGCCUUCUUUCUCGGCGGACAAUAGCGGUGACGAACUUGGCCAGUCUGCUCGCAGCUACAUCAGGCAGAUCGAGGCAUGGGUCCGCGUCACCCGGACUCCCUGUGCCCAGCAAGCUCUGCUGCUGUACCAGAACCUGAAGGGCCGUGCGUGGAUCGAGGCUGAGGAACUUGAGGUCGCUGAACUUUGUGUACCUGAUGGCGUGGAGAAGUUCAAGGCCUGGAUUGCGGAGCGCUACCAAGAGAUCGAGGUGGGCAAGAUCGCGGAGGCCCUUAACGGUUUCUUCAGGAAGCUACGUCGGGGUCCCAACCAAUCGGUGCGAGAGUUCAACGCGACCUUCGACCGGGCCUACGCGAGAUUGGUCGAGAUCGAGUGCAAGCUCCCCGAGACGGCCCGGGCUUGGGCGUACUUGAGCGCUCUCUCCUUGUCGCACUCGGAGGAGCUGGCUAUCCUCGGCAGCGUGAACAAUGAGUUCGUGUGCUCCAAGCUUCAACGUGCUGCGGUUCUACAUGAGAAAAGUCUUCGACGUCCCUGGGACAAGGAUCACCCGAAGUUGUGGGACCGCUCCAAGAACAACCUGAAGGUGAACUCUGCCAACAAUGCGGAGCCCAUCCCGGAGGAAGGCGAGGACGACGGCGGAGACCUCGAGACUGAGGUGCCCCAGAACCCGGACGAGGAGGAGCUCUACGAGGCAUUCAUGACCGCCAAGGCCCAGUACCGCGAUGCUGUGAAGGGCCGCAACUUGGAACCGGAAGAGGUGAAGAGAGCUAUCGAAAGCAAAAUCCAGAGUGCGAAACAGCGCUCCUUCUGCAGUGUCUGCAAGCAGCGCGGCCACUGGUACAAGGACCCUGAAUGCCCUGGACCUCCGAAUGGCAAACCGAAAGGAAACCCCGAACCUGGCAAACCCCAAACCGCCAACAUCUCCAAUGAGGUCUUCAUGACAAGUGGCCCGCUGAGCGAGAACCUCCUUGCGAUCACCGACAGUGCCUGUACUAAAUCCGUGGCCGGGACCUCUUGGCUGCAGCGAUAUGUGGAGGUCCUCAAGUCUUUCGGGAUCGAGGUCCCGCUGUUGGGGGAGUCUGAUAAUUUCCGAUUCGGCGCCUCCCGCAUCUACUCCUCUAACUACGCCAUCGUGGUCUCUUUCAAGGUGGGUUCUUCUUGGGUGCUCGUGAAGGUAGCAAUCAUCCACGGGGACCUCCCGCUCUUGCUGAGCCGAUCCGUUUUGGCCGAACUAGGAAUGGUCUACAACCUGAAGGAGCAUAAGGCGGACUUCGAGGCCGUGCGCGUGACCGGGUACCCACUGCUCUCGACUCCUACCGGGCAUCCCGCAAUCAGCGUUCAUCCUGGAGGUCAGGGCAUCCCGCCGCAAGCACGGCCAGACAUGUGGGACGCCAACAAGUGCGUCCGCGGUGAGGUACAGAUCCUUCUCGGCUCGGCAGCAUACAUGGCGGAUUGCAGCGGGGGAACGGGUCACUGUGAAGCAUUUGUAGCUGCUAAUGCCCUUCUUGAAAGUCGAGAUCGUCAAGCACUGUUUCCCCAGAUAUUUUAUGCCAAGAAGAUCCCCCCUGAAGUGAAGAACCUCCUUGUCAGUGAGACGCUAUCUGUUGAGAACUUCGUGAAGUGGUGGAACCAAACCCGUAUUAUGUCCGAUUUCUGGAUAGAGACACCGUGUUCGAUGGUACGCAUUCAUGUUACUCCUCGGAAGUCUUUGUUCAGUCCGACGAAUUGGGGCACUCAACAAUCUUUGCUGCGAGACAAUCUCUUGAAGGUUCUUGGUAGUAUCAGGGAAACUUUCAGCAUCAGUUGCCGAUCACAGCGCGGUCUCCCUCUGGCAGUUGACUUCUGGAAUGCGAUGCCCACGGAAGCCUCGAACUGUCACCAGUGCCUCUGGGUUGGCCGCACAGUGUUCAAUCGUAGACCGAUUGCCCCAAUUCGAACUCCGCCCGGCCUCUCUGGUAAUGUCGUCGCAGAACUCCUUGCCGAAGCGACCCGCCUCAGCCUGAAUCCGAUGACUACGUGGACCGUGGAGGAGCUGCGCAGCGCGAUCACCGAGAGCAAGGCGAUCGACAAGGCGGAGAAGGGUGUCCCGAAAGGAUUGUCGGGCAUGAAGCUGGCAGACCUCAAAAUGGAGGCCGAUCGCAUCGGGGUGAUCUACGACUCCAAGGUGACGAGGGGAACGUUGAUGCGCCACAUCAGAGACUACCACGAGACGCCGGACAACACCAUCAUGCAGAUCGGCCGCUACAAAGGGAACGCGUUCUUCCAGAUUCCCCGUCAGUAUGCGGAGUGGGCGUGCCGAGAGGAGCGCGAGAACGGGAUCAAUAUGAGUGCGGACCUCAAGCGCUUCGUUCUCUGGUACCGCCGGAAGACGGAGGAGAAAGAGACGACGCGCGGACCUUCGCGGCGCGAGAUGAUGGAGGAGCCCGAGCGCUAUGCCAAGGUUCCCUAUCCGGGGUCAGCAUCGUCCCGGUCCUGGGAGGAAGUGUCGGCGAUGAGCUCCGUGGACAAGGACCAAAGGCCGCUGACUCCGUCGAGUUCGACAAUCCAGAUCCCGACGAAGGGGUCGCCGGCGAAACGCAGUGUGGAGAAGGAGACCGCCAAGGAGAGGAUGCACGUGGACCCUCCUUCCCAGGUCCUGGAGGAGAUCAAGGCGCUGGAGCAACGCCUUGCGGUGCUGAAGGAUCAGACCAAGGAGGACGCGGGCGGGGACGACGUGGAGGAGUUCUACGAGGACGCGGCCUUUGCCUACCACGACGGCGACGAGGAUGAUGCGGAGAUGUGGGACGAGAUCACGGGUGAGAAUCAGGACUCCUACGUGUUGCUCUCUGAGAACGUCGAGAACUUGAUCUCCGAGGCCACAAAGAACAAGGAUUUCAGCGUGGCCACCCUGGCCUCCAUCCUGGAGAAUACCUUCGGAAUCAACGGCGAGGACUUCCCACGUCGUGGAGCCCGAGCAAGACGGAAAGCCAUGGGAGAGGACGACACCGGGAGCAACAGGUUGUCGCUUGGAUACUACACCUACGGGAACAUGCGUGGGAUCUGUGCGAAUACCUCCAAGUAUGCCUCGCUUUGCCUCUACCUGAAGGAAUACAUCCUUUCGAAGUACCCGGAGGCAAAAUGGUCGUCCCUCUCAAUCGCCUUCAACUGCGCUCCCCGUGUACACUCCGACUUCAACAACCUCAAGGGGACCCUCAACUACAUCACGUGUGCCGGCGAUUUUACCGAUGGAGGCGGUCUUUGGCAAGAGAAUGGACUCGUCAAAGGAACUGAUGUCAUGCUGGACCCAAAGGGGCGCGAGAUCCGUGGAAAAGUGCUAUGUGCCUCCGGCUGUGUGGUUCCAUUCCGACCCGAACACUUUCACUCCGCUCAGGUCUGGCAUGGCGGGAACAGAUGGUCUGUGACGGCUUUCUCUACUAGAGGAUUCGCCGGAAGCACUCAAGGAGAGCGACGUCAACUACGACUCUGGGGGUUCCCUCUACACGAUCUCCGGCAUCUUUCACGUGAUCGCAAGCAGAUUGUCGACCACCCCACCAAUCAAAAGGCCCUACCUCUCUGGGAGGACACGAAUGCGACCACAACGCCGCCCUCCUCCUCUACACGCCCCAAGAAGAGUAUGAGGAAAAGCUUGUGGAGGAAUGCGGCCCGGGCAAGCGCUUUUCUCACCUGGUCUUUGUCAUCACUGUCUAUGGCACUUGCGGCGGCCACACCUUCUGCUGAGGUACUACCUUCCUGCUCUUCGGUGGCCCUGCUUGAAAUCGGCGGCAUGGAGCAAACUCUCCUUGCUACCUCGGACUUCAAUUGCUACGCCGCCGAGCCAAUCCCUUGGGAGGACAUACCUUACGACGAUGCGGGAGGCCAUGUUGUCAGGAUGCUCAACCAGUUGCGGCCCUCUAUGUUGUGGAUCCAUCCUGUUUCCCCUGACGAGUCCUACGAGGAGGCCAAGUUCUUCGAGGUUGUGGACGUUUGUGGCAGAUGGCAAGUACAGCAGUAUGGAUCAGUUGUGGUUCCGAUAGACAAGCUUUCCAUGGAACUUCGAGGACGUGUUCUACGACAACUCGAGAACUUGGGCACCGUCGACACCCUCGUCCUCGAUGACAAGACGUGCUAUAAGGCCUCUACCCCAAGUACCUCUUCGAGUUUCAUGGCGGAGGGCGAGUCUGGAAGGGAACCAGGCGAAGAGCAACUUCGCGAAGGGGCAGCUGGCAUCACGUUCGACAAGAAAGUGCCCAAGGAUGUCGCAGCCGCCCUUCGACGACUACACCAGAACCUCGGACACCCUGCCCGUGAAGACCUGGUUCGCCAUUUGCAUUUGGCCGGGGCCGACAAGGACGUGAUCAAGGCAGCUAAGAGUCUCUCCUGUUCUACCUGUGCGAGGGCCAAAGGACCCAAGAGUGCCCGCCCGGCGGCGGAACCCAAGCUACUGGAGUUUGGAGAUGUGGUCGGAGUCGAUAUGAUGUAUGAUUACGACAUUGACGGCAAGAAGAUCAAGCUCUUCUCCAUUGUCGACCACGCCUCCUCAUAUCAAGUCGUGGUCCAAGUACCCCGACAGACCGGAGCAGUCCUGGAGAAGAUCUUCGUGAAGCACUGGAUCCAGGUGUUUGGAGCGCCGAAGGUGAUCACUCUCGACCUCGAGCGGGGCAUCCAGGAUGCCUUCGGUCGACUUGCCGACUGGUUCCACAUCGACCUCCGCACCAGCGCCGGACAGGCCCAUUGGCAGUCCGGAUUUACGGAAAGGCACGGAAAGUGGUGGAAAGAGAUCUUCGCGAGGGUGGUCAAGGACCAGACUGUGCGGGGAGACGAAGUGGAGGAAGCCAUUGCAGCAACGUCCUCCGCAAAGAACGAACUUCGCCGCCGUUGUGGUUGGGCUCCAUGCCAGAUUGUCUUCGGCAAGAACCCCCGCAGUGAUGAGGAUUUGAAGUUCGAAGUGGAAGAAGGCGGAGGAGAACUACUUCGGACACCGGAUUCGGCCCAACACCGGCGCGAGAUCAUCCGGAACUCCGCUAAGAUGGCCUUCUUCAAGUCGCGCACAGAGGACAAGAUCCGGAGGGGGAUGUCACAAAGAGCACGCGUGAAACCGCGAGACCUCGAUAACGGGGCCAUGGUUCUGUUCUGGAGGAAGCCAGCCAACAAAAAGACCGGACUAUGGAAAGGGCCCGGAGUUGUGAUUGGGCGACAGGACAACAACUACUGGAUCUCCCACAGUGGACGCUGCUACCUGUGCGCCCCCGAACAUCUUCGCAAAGCUCUCCCGGAGGAGCUCGGUGGCAUGUUUGCACUGCGCGCUACGAAGGACGAUCUACUACGCCUGGUGGAGAACAACUACGACGACUCCGCCGUCUUCCCGGGUGAGGACGAUGCCGAGAUCCAGGACAAGGACCUCUUCGAUGCCGUGAUGGACCUCUCCGAGGUGGAGGGAGACAUGGACGAGGAUGAGACCGGCGACAUGGAUCUGGAUAAUGGAGACCUACCUGAGGGUGAACCUUCCGCCCCUUCUCAAGGCGAUCCACCCCGCGCCGUCCGCAGGAGGUUUUCCACGAAAAGGCCAGAGCCCUACGACCACCCUGGAGGUGGGGACGACAUCAACGAGACCUACAUGCUUAAGCGGGCCACCACGAAGCGCGGCCGGGACAAACAGCUCGAGAAGGAGAUCCCGUGGUCUAUGAUACCAGAGUCGAAGCGACAACUGUUCAUAGAUGCUGAACACAAACAAUGGGAAGAACAUCUUCGCCUCGGAGCCCUUCGACCUCUCAGCCUUGCAGAAAGCGCCGAGAAAGCCAAGUCCGGAAGAGUGCUCUCUUCGAGGUUCGCAUAUCGCGAUAAAAAUCUUGCCCGAAGACGGACUGACCCUUCGGUUGAAUGGAAGGCAAAGUCGCGACUUGUGGUGUCUGGGCAUACGGACCCGGACAUAGUAUCCGGAGCUUUGCGGACGGAUUCCCCUACGGUGUCCCGCACGGCUGUGAUGACACUGCUACAGCUGGCCGCUUCACAAUCCGACGCCGGAUGGGGCGUCGCAGCCGGCGACGUCACCGCAGCGUUCCUCAAUGGUGAGAAGUUGGACCGCGAACUUUAUCUACGACAACCAAAACAUGGACUUCCCGGACUUCACCCAGAUCAACUUAUAAAGGUCGAGAAGGGGGUAUUCGGUUUGAUCGACAGCCCUCGAAAGUGGUGGAAGAAGUUCAAGAAGGACAUCCAGGAGAUGACCAUCGAGUUACCCGAAGGAAAGAAGGGCAAGUUCUUUGCGUCACCUUUGGAUCCGUGCGUGUUCCAGCUCAUCGAGCUCGACGAGGAUGGAAGACGGGGCGACGGACGCCCCAUCUGCUACGCGGCUGUGCACGUGGAUGAUAUCCUACUUGUUGGACCCCAUGCCCUCAGAGUUUCUGUCCAAGGACAACUUUCUGGAUGUUUUCCUGUCGAGGAGUGGGAAGAGGAUGUCUUCGACUUUAUCGGUUCCCAUAUUGAGACCCGACCUGAUGGCAUUUUUGUUUCCCAGUCCUCCUAUGCCACCAACCGACUCUUCGAGAUCUACGUCGACCCGAAGGCACCCGGUGAUGCCCUAGCCGACGCCGAGCAGGUCGCCGACAACCGCUCCUUGGUGGGUGCCCUCUCGUGGCUGGCUUCACAAUCCAGGCCAGAUUUGGCUUGUGGAGUUUCAAUGUGCCAGCAACUACAAGCCAGACCCACUAUUGAGGAUGUCCGGUUCACGAACACCAUGGCAAAGCGUGCACUACUACACAAAGACGAAGGGAUCCUCUUGGCGAAGAUCCCCCUCGAGGAGAUGGUGGUCACCGUGUUCCACGACGCUGGAUGGAGCAAUGCGCCGGACUUCAACGAGGACCCCGUCUACUUCUUGUGCCCUGAGGACGAGGAAGCCGGCUUGAUCGUUGAGGGGCCCUGGAUCACCAAGGCCCGGAAGACCAAGAAGAGGAACUCGAGCGUGGCUUCCCAACUGGGCGCUUUGGUCAUGCUAUGCGGCAAGGACGGGAUCAAUUCCGCUGGAGCUCCGGCCAGCAUCCUCGAAUGGCGCUCCCAUGCUUGCGACCGGGUAUGUAGGUCAACUUUCGGUGCCGAGACCAUGGGAUGCAUUGAAGGCUUCGAGCUUGGCCAGUAUGUGAGGGCAAUGAUCGACUCCUUCCUCACUGGCAAGAUCACCCGUGAUGCCGGAAAGAACAUCCCGAUGUUGGGAGUGACCGACUGCCGGUCCCUCUACGACCACAUGCACCGUGAUGGAUUGCCUCGUACACCUUCCGACCGAAGGCUAGCAAUAGAUAUUGCUUGCCUGAGACAGACGCUGAAGGAAGAGACUCCUGAUUGCGAUGAUGCUAGGGCUCCGCUUGUUUGGGUACCCACUCACUUACAAAGAGCGGAUAUCCUCACCAAGCCCAAACUCGCUAGCGAUUGGUGGCCUCUUUCCGGGCGACUAAGUCUCCCUGUAAAGGAAGGAAAGAUUGUUUUGAAGCAGUGUAAAUCUGAAGAUCGCAGUUCGGUCAUGCACAGCCAAUGUCCCUAA